GUCUGGUGAAUUCCAGGUGAUGGGGGUGUUCGGGAACUCUCAUGUAUGUACAGGGAUUCCAGGGCACAGAAUGACUGAAACUAGCAAGAAUUAGGGCGAACAAAAGCAGAUCAGUGGUAACGCUGGAGAAGAUGAUCCUGCAGCAAGUGCGUGGAGAUGGGUGACUGACAGUUCAAUGGCAUUGCCCGAGUUCCAAUGGCCGCAGCUGGGUGCUCGGUACGGGCUGAAGGCAGCGCUGGUGGUGUUGUCUGGGUCCCUCCUGGUGGCCCUUUUCCCUCUCAGUGAGCUGGAAGGGCAGUAUAAGGCGGCUCUGAAGGUCCUGCUGCGGUGUAACCUCUGGGGAGGCAAUGAGCGGCUGCACACCUACACCGGGCACACUACGGGGCUCGCUGUGGCUUCCACUGCUAUUGAACUGCUGGUGUUUAAGCAGAAACCGACUUCAGAUGUCAAGUUUGAAGCCAAAGCUGCUUUUAACCAAGCACUUGAAAUGAAGCGGCAAGGCAAGAGGGACAAAGCACAUAAGCUUCUUCUCCAUGCCCUGAAGAUGGACCCGGAUCAAGUGGAUGCCCUGAAUGAGCUUGGCAUCUUCUUAGAGGAGGAGAAGGAUAUCAUACAGGCAGACUAUCUUUAUUCUAAAGCGUUAAUGAUCUCGCCACACAAUGAGAAAGCUUUGAUAAACAGAGAUCGCACCUUGCCCUUGGUUGAAGAAAUAGAUCAGAGGUAUUUUAGCAUCAUUGACAGUAAAGUUAAGAAAGUGAUGUCCAUUCCAAAGGGAAACUCUGCUCUUCGCAGGGUGAUGGAAGAGUCUUACUAUCACCACAUAUACCACACUGUAGCUAUUGAAGGAAACACCCUUUCACUGUCCGAAAUACGCCAUAUAAUUGAAACAAGAUAUGCCGUGCCUGGAAAGAGUCUUGAAGAACAAAAUGAAGUCAUUGGCAUGCAUGCAGCAAUGACAUACGUCAACACCACUUUAGUAUCCCGCAUAGGAUCGGUAACAACCAGCGAUAUACUGGAAAUACACAGGAGAGUGCUGGGCUAUGUUGAUCCUGUUGAAGCUGGGCGAUUUCGUACAAACCAAGUGUUUGUGGGCCACCAUAUUCCACCUCAUCCCAGAGAUGUAGACAAGCACAUGCAAGAGCUUGUCCAGUGGCUUAAUUCAGAUGAUGCAAUGAACCUUCAUCCUGUGGAAUUUGCAGCUUUGGCGCAUUACAAACUGGUCUAUAUCCACCCAUUUGUUGAUGGAAAUGGGAGGACUUCACGUUUGCUUAUGAAUGUGAUUUUGAUGCAGGCAGGCUACCCGCCAAUAACCAUCAGGAAAGAACAGAGGUCAGAAUAUUAUCAUGUUUUAGAACUUGCAAAUGAAGGCGAUGUGAGACCUUUUAUUAGAUUUAUUGCCAAAUGCACGGAGACCACCCUAGACCUCUUGCUCAUAGCCACGGCAGAGCAUCCUGUGGGCCUUCCAGAGCCCAAUGCGGACAGCUUCAAGUGCAAACAAACCAUUCCGGUCAAGACCUGAUCUCUGACUCCAACGCUGUGGCCUUUGUUGCCUUACCUACACCUCCAUGGAUAUUGCCAGUAACAUCUCAAUAAUUUAUUUUAUGCUUUUUGCUGCUAGUUAUACUUCACACUUUUGUACUGAAAAAUGCUGCAAUGUAGAUUUAGGGCCUAUGCCUUAUGUAUUGCAGGAGACAAACGCACUCAUGGGGGAGAUUUAUCAAAAACUGUGCAGAGGAAGAGUGGUGCAGUUGCCCAUAGCAACCAAUCAGCUUGCUUCUUUGAUUUUUAAAGAGACCUGUGAAAAAUGAGAGAAGUGAUCUGAUUGGUUGCUAUGGGUAACUGCACCACUCUUCCUCUGCACAGUUUUUGAUAAAUCUCCCCCAUGAAGUAUUUGCACAUUUCACACAUGGACUUACAUAGCAGUUGCUGCACAUUUUACCCUUUGCAGUACAAAGGGUGAAAUCCAUAGCAGGCCUGUAUGCUACAUGCAGGGUCACUGGGGCGGAAAAGUAUUCCAUGUGUGAAUGGGGGUUAUGCAGGAUUAAAAAAAACAGCUGAUUUCUAUAAAAAAAAACAGCACCACACAUGUCCACAGGAUGCGUGUGGUAUGCCAGCGGACUUCAAUUGAAGUCUAUGAAGCCAAGUUGUAAUACCACACCCAACCUGAGGACUGGUGUGGUGCUGUUUUUGAAAGAAAUUAGCUCCGUUUUUUUUUUUUUUUUUUUAAAUCCCUGGAUAACCCCUAUAAAGAGAGUCCUCUCUGCUGACCAGUGAGUGGUGAGCUGGGAUUUGCACCUUUCUUUUGUGUUUUUGGCCCACUCCUGGUUUUGGCUUACAAAUAUUGAUCCAAAAUACUGUCGUUUGAAGCCAGUCUAAACAGCAUACACAACUUUUAAAGAUCAUUAAAGGCACAGGGAAAAGAUAAGGUAACAUUAUGGGCUCAGACAGGAGUUUUGUGGCUUGAAAAUAAUACAUCUGCAAAGACUUGUCCAGUCCAGGGAUUUUAUGCUGUUACAUUAUACCAGGAAACCAGAUAGCUCAAUGUUAGUCUGUAAUAGGCUAUCACAGAUCCCCCAUCAUUGAAUGAAAACUCAAAUAUAAACAAAGGGUAUGAUUUACAGAUUAAAAUUCACUUUUAUUGGGUAUAUUCAGAUAAAAACAUAUAACCCCCUACUACACAAACAUAUAACUCCUGUGACCGCUAAGAAAAAAAUCACAAAGAAUAGAACAGAAAAAUGUAUUAGGUCCACCACCUGGAUUAUUGCACAUAUAAUCAAUUGUCAGUGACCCAUUACAUUGCACAUUUUUAAGGGCUCAUAAAAAGGGUGUGUGUGUGUGUGUGUGUGUGUGUGUAUAUAUGUGUG